AGAGCCUGUGGUGGUGAGUGCGGGUUUGGUUGGAGUUCAGUUUUGCGGGUACCAUUCCCGACGAAUCACGACGAAUUACAGAUGGAAUCCAUCACCACCACCCGUUUCCUGAAUGACGACGACGCUUGCGAAGGACAAAGAAAGAGUUACACUCCCUUUUCGUGCAGAGGAUGACGCCAGCCCAGGUUGCGCCGAAACGUCACGGAACCUGAACAUCCCACACGGUUUGCGAACCUCGCUCAAUUAACCGCGUUUAACCACGGCAAAUCUCACUCCGCCGCAUAACUAACACUCACCAACUCUCCCCAGCCAUUCUUCUGCUUCCACUUCACUUCCUCCACUCUACAGCCUAUGCGCUCUGCUUUAUUCAUACCGAAGUGUAAGCUAGUGCUGACUCUCUCGUCCUCACUUUCCUGACUCUUUGAGUGCUAACUCUUUGCUGCACGACCGCUUCGCUCUUCGGCGCUUUGUCUAUGUCCCAAGACUGCAUCCCACUGGCAAGACCUGCAUUACGUCCUUCAUUGUCGCUCUUUCGAAGUCCUUCGUCGCUGCUCUCGCGCGGUCACCACCAUGGGCGCGGGCAGGGAGGGCGAGCACCUCGACGACCCCGUACCGUUGCUCCGUGCUUCGCCUUCAGCCGCUGACCUAGCGCGCGAGCUCUCCGUGUUCCCCCAGGACCUGUAUCUACCGCACCUGGCAACCCUAAAAUCCCAAGAACAGACAAGCGCUGCCGCCCCACCACAGAAGCAGGCGAACGGCGCUCAGAAUCGGACACGCAAUGCCAGCCCAUGCACAGCAUUUUUCAUUCCUCGCCGCCCUCCGCCGCCCUCAGAGGUGCCCGAGGAGCUCCCAGUGCCGCCCGCCUGUGCCUACGUGGCACAGAUUGUCCAUAAGUACAUCCGGGGAAGCUUCCUGGAUGGUGCGUGUGGGGAGAUCCCAGGGAGUUGUGGAACGGGGGAAAUGCAGCAGGAGAGAGAGGGGUGUGCGCCAGCGGAGGAAGAGAAGCAGCAGCAACAGCAGCAGCAACAGCAGCAGGAGCAGCAACAGCACCAGCGACACGAAGAUGAGAGAGAGCGGGACCUAAGAACGGGAGAGGCAGAAGAGUCACCAUUGAUACCGCCGCCUCACUCACUCUCCUCCCGGCCUCUCUUCGUCCCGUGUGGCCGGGCACGGUCCAAGCUGGCAGUGAAGCAGCAGGAGUCAGUGCUGACGUGGCUCAGCCACUCGUACAACUGGCUGCUCAGGCUCAACAACAUGGCCUUUGUGCUACUCAUAAUGGCAGCCCCGGUGCUCCUCGCGCUCCUCUUCACGCCACUCUUCCUCGCCGUCGCCCCCGGCUUCGCCUUCCCCCCCGACAGCCCCGAGUUCGAGGCCCUCGACAUCCCCGCCAUCCUCUCCGGCCCGCUCGCCCCGCCGCUCGACCAAUGGGAGCGCGCCACCAGGGCGGGCCCAGUGGCUGUGGCGGUGUGCUGGGUGUGCGCUGCGAUGGUGCGCGUGGGGCAGCAGAUGUACAUCGCUCUGCACUUCUUCCUCUUUGCCCUCUCCCUCUGCACCACAUUCGGUGGCUCGCCCCUGCAGGUGCUCUCACCCUCUGCGCUCCUCCUAGCCAACCUCCUCACUCUGCUGGCUCAGCUGCUCUUCGUCUUCCUCAGUGGCGCUGUGUUUGCGCGCAUCGGCCGGCCAGCAGAGACGGUGCGGUGCUCUCGUUUCAUCACCCUGGCCACCCAGGCUGUGGCGGGGCAUGGGGCGGAGAAUAAGAGGAUCCUGACAGCCAGGUUCGCCCUGGUGGGGCUGAACACGCACGAGCUGGUGAACGUCAAGAUGGCGCUCUCCCUGCGGCGCUUCCUCGCCUCCCCCUCGGGCGAGGUCCGCUGCACACUGCACGACCUCGAGCUUGUGAAAUCCGAGCAACCCUUUCUGCGCUUCGGCUUCAAUAUGCGGCACAUAGUGGGCGAGGCCAGCCCGCUUCACGGCCUCUCCCUGAACGACCUCCUGGCAUCAGAUGCCUCCUUCUCCCUCACCAUCUCGGGGCUCGAGCGCUCGUCCCUGCAGCCCAUAUUCGUAGUCAAGGAGUACUAUGCCUUUGACGGGGAGGUGCUGUGGGAGUACGAGUUCCUGGACCUCCUGCGCAUCGCAUCGGAUCUUGUGCCCACGGUGGACCACUCUCGACUCGACGUCGUGCAGCCUCUCAACACGCACACCUGAUUCGGCGCGGCACACCUCAAAGAGCCUCCAGCUGCUCCACAUGACUUCAAGCCCAACCAAAAAACUUCCUCUGGUUGCAUUGUAUGUUGUCGUCCCCACACGCGACCACUCUCGCGUUGAUGGCGCUGUAGCGUCGGAAUGCACGGGUGGAAUGCACGGGUGGGCAGCUGCCCCUGGACGACCCCACCAAGAUCAAGGCCUUGGUCCCCCAGCGUUUUUUGUGCUUGCAUUCAACUGCUAGCUAGCUUUCGCGAAAAGGCUGUGUUGAUGGUCCUGCUGCUUUUGCCCGAGUCACUAUAGGGCCUGAGUUCUGUGCCUAGCUUGUGAGAGGAAGAUGGGCCAUUUGCUAUUGCUCAAUCGACUUGUGGCUUUUUCCAUGGAAAGGUUCAGCUCUGGGUGUCAAGCAUAUAUUGUAUGUUUUUGUAGACUAUAUAGGGUUGUGCCUUAGGGAGUACAACCCAUUAGCUUACAUUC